AUGAAGGUCCUCAUCCUCGCCUGCCUGGUGGCUCUCGCUCUUGCAAGGGAGAAGGAACCACUCAGUGUUCCAACUGAGACUGUAGGAAGUGUUUCCAGCAGCGAGGAAAUUCCACAUAUCAACAAGCAGAAACUCGAGAAAGUUAAGCACGUGGAACAGCCGCAAAGAGAGGAGAAACUCCAGGAUAAAAUCCUCCCCUUUAUUCAAUCACUCUUUCCUUUUGUUGAGCCCAUUUCCUACCCUACUCUUCCACAGAACACCCUGAAACUUGCUGAACUUGAAAUGUUGCUACCUCUCCUUCAGCCUGAAAUAAUGGAAGACCCCAAGGCUAAAGAGACCAUUAUCUCUAAGCACAAACUGAUGCCCUUCCUUAAAUCUCCAAAGACGGUCCCCUUUGUUGACUCUGAAAUUCUGAAUCUCAGGGAGAUGAAAAAUCAACACCUUCUUUUGCCCCAGCUCCUGCCCUUCAUGCACCAGGUCUUCCAGCCUUUUCCCCAGACUCCUGUUGUGUAUCCUCAGGCCCUGCUGUCUCUUCCUCAGUCCAAAUUCAUGCCUAUUCCCCAGCAAGUGGUGCCCUACCCUCAAAGGGACAUGCCUAUCCAAACCCUUCAGCUGCUCCAAGAACUGCUUUUGCCUACCCACCAAGGCUACCCUGUGGUUCAACCAAUAGCCCCAGUUAAUCAGCCUGCACCAUCAGCCAGGAAGUCUCAGUCGCUUUCAGGGAGAAGCCCAGCCAGGCAAAAUGUCAAUACCAUUACAGCCACUACCAUCCGUACUAUCACCCCUUGUAGUGGUAGCAGCAGCCACACCACUACCACUAUUGUUCCUGCAACCACCAGCACCAUGAGCACCCUCACCAAUACCUGCAUCAUGGAGUUGAGGGUAGCCCCAGGGCCCAGCCAAAGUCACUGA